UUCUUUUUCUUGCAGUAGGGCUAAAACGCAAAGGAAGGUUCUUGGUCGGUGUUUGAUAAUUGAUCGGGCUGUCAAUUUUCUUUGACAGCCCGAUUCUUUGUCUAACUCUUUUCCAAGGUGUUCCUUGUUUUUAACCUUUUUAUUGUGUUUAGGCUUUCUGGGUUUUUGAGUAUUGAGCAGAUUGAGUUUUGUUUUCCUACUUUUGGAUUGGGUUUGCUAAUGUUUGUUUAAGGACUGCUUCAUAUUGGUAUUCGAGUUUCCGUUUUGGGUUUUCAAUAUGGGUUCCUUGUCUGGAAUGAUUCAACGUCCUCUAGCCGCCGCCUUCGCUGUUGCCAUGGCUUCGGUCUCUGCCGAUAUUACUGUUAAGCGUCCAUCUCCUUCAUCGGAUACUUGUUUAACCUCAGAACAAAUUGAAACUCCCAUAUCUUAUUCCUUACCAGAGGCCAAGUCCUCAUUUGUGGGUCAUAUAUCAUCUUCCAAGCUUGCAAGCUUCUCUUUCGUUACUAGAAUCCGAGUGCCUCUCCCUGAUGCUAACUUUCCGGUUCCGAAUUCGGGCCGGGAUUUUGUUCCCAAUGUCGAUUGUUCUUCAAUUGUAUCAUCUCCGCUGCUGGUUAAUUUGUAUCGGUCGGCUGAGUUAUGUAAAGCAUCAAAGCCUGUUGCAUUUAAGCACAGUAUCCCUGCCUCAGCUCCUGAUGUUUUAUACAGAUGGCAUUUGCCAGAGCCAUCUGCCAUUGAUGUUAAUGGAAAUUCUGAUUGUUCAUCAGAAAAGUCUCGAACGGUUGUUGUGUUGUUAGGCUGGUUAGGAUCAAAGCAGAAACAUCUCAAGAGAUAUGCAGAGUGGUAUACCUCCAGAGGCUAUCAUGUCAUUACCUUCACCUUUCCAAUGAGCGACAUUAUCAGUUACCAAGCUGGCGGAAAAGCCGAGCAGAAUGUCGACAUACUUGUUGAUCACUUGGCUGAUUGGUUAGAAGAGGAGUACGGGAAAAACCUUGUUUUUCACACUUUUAGCAAUACCGGAUGGUUAACAUAUGGAGUUAUUCUUGAGAAGUUUCAGAAGCAAGAUCCUUAUUUAAUGGGGAGGAUAAGAGGUUGCAUUGUGGAUUCGGCUCCCGUUGCAGCUCCUGACCCUCAGGUCUGGGCUUCAGGUUUCUCUGCAGCUUUUCUGAAGAAACACAGUGUUGCAACAAAAGGAUUUCCGGUAUCAAGUGAACCGGAUUCAGGGACAUCAGCCGGCGAAAAAGAAAUCUCGGUACCCAAGCCUGCAGUAACAGAAGCUGCUUUGCUGGUUGUCCUGGAGAAGUUCUUUGGGGUGGUUUUGAAUUUUCCUGGAGUUAACAGGAGGCUCUCCGAUGUAUUAGGCGUGUUGUCGUCCGGACAACCUACCUGUCCACAGUUAUACAUCUAUAGCUCCGCGGAUCAAGUCAUCCCUGCCUAUCACGUGGAAUCAUUUAUCGAGAAGCAGAAGAGGUGCGGCCACGAGGUUCGGGCGUGCAACUUCGUGUCGACGCCGCAUGUUGAUCAUUUUAGAAACGACCCAAAACUGUAUACAAGCCAGCUCAGCCGGUUUUUGGAGGAUUGUGUGCUUACUUGUUGCAAAGAUUCUCAGGUACCAUUGAAGCACUGACUACAACCAUAUUCAUAUACAGGUUUUUGAAUCAUUUAGGA